CUCAAAGCAAGUCUCACCUGAGCGGCGGCCGCCACCGGGGCAGGCGGCUGGCUCGGCCGGCCGGGCGCGACCCGCACCGCUCGCGAGUACGGCUUUCCCGUGUAAAACAGCGGGCUGCCGGAGGGAGCCGUGGCGCUCAGAGCUGCCCUCGGCACGGCGUGCGUCUGAGCCGGCGGCGCGCCCCGGUCCCGCCUGUGCGGCUGUAGGCCUCAGGGCGUGCGGCCUCUCGUAGCUGCGGGUGGCGGCGCGGUUCUGCCCUGCCGAUGGACGGGCCUCCGCAGCCGUGGUGCGGGGAGCCUUGCGCUCGGUGUGACGGGCUGGGCCCCGGCUCGCCCCGCCACGGGGAAGGAGCCAGCGCCUCUCUCUGCCAGCCCCUGUCCGGGAGGGAGAGCAGUGCUGCUGGCGGGCAUUUGGGGACGGGGUGGGUUGGCUCUGCUGCCUUUACGUGUUCCUGGAAGCCGACUUUCAGCAGAGCACUUAAAGCAUUUGUCAAACACUUGAAAAUUCUCUAUACAGGUUGUGUAAUAUGAGCUGGCAGUCCAGCUGAGUAUGUAAUGGACAUUACAUGGAUAUGAGCGUUUCUCUCUCCCUCUCUCUCCAUAUAUAUGAAGACAUAUAUAUCUCUUACAUAAAAACACAUGUAUCUUUUACAAUAAUCUGGGAAUGAUGAAUGUGUACAAUCAGGAGAACCAGCAUGAUGAUUUGAUCAGUCUCUGGCAAAAGAAAGGGAAUGUGUAUCCUUAAUAAGUGCUUCCUUUUAAUCAUUUACUUUAAGGGCUUUACUUUCGUUAUCUCGUCUUGCGCUUACAGUAAAACCAGUUAAAUCGAGGCAGGAUCCUUUUGGAGAGAUCAGAUUUAUCAGCUAAUAGUUGAGGCUCCUGUACUUUAUUUCUAAAGACACUUUAUUUUACCAAUGGUUAAAAAUUAAACACAAACCUAACAACUGACAUUCAAAAGAAUCCCAGCCAGCGGAAUUUAUCUACAAAGAGAGAUAAAAUUUCAUCAUGCGAGUAGUCCCAGUUUUCUUGUUUUUCUUGUCUCUCUUUUGGUUUUGUGGAUCAAAGAAUGCAGCAUCUAAUGCUGAAGAAAACCAGUUUCAGCAGGUUGAGCCUGCCCAGCCGGCUGAGCAAGACACAUACCUCAUAGGAGAAUGCUUAAGCAACCAAUACACACACAGGUCCUGCAAGAAAGUUUUUUGUCACCCAUGGGAAAGAUGUGUGGAGGGAAAAUGCCUUUGUAAGCUUCCCUACCAGUGCCCAAAGAAUGGCUCUUCAGUUUGUUCUACCAAUGGAAAGUACUUCCAUACUUACUGUCACCUAAAGAGCUACGAGUGUCAACGCCCCGAAGCAAAGUUUCUGCACAAGGGAAAAUGCAUGUCUGCAGAAACAUUUUCAAUCUCUGUGGGCCAUGGAGAUUCAAGUUUGCUUCGAGUAAAACCUGUGAGUCAAAAAACUGAUGUUUUUGUAUGUGAUAGUGAGUGGACUAUGAAUGAAGCAAACGUGGCUUGCAAGCACCUUGGCUUUGAAUUAGGUGCUGAAUAUCAUCAAGCCAAUUCCAGCAUCACAGAAUCUGCUUUAAAUUCACUGCAGUGUCUGCAAAUAACUUGCAGGGGCCUAGAGACAAGUCUUGCUGAAUGUCACAUAGAGAUGAAAUCAAGAGAUAGUAAUGAGGGAUUUGUUAGCCUCCAGUGCCAUGAAAAUAUCAGAGCUUGUUCAGAUGCUGAGUUUCAUUGUGUCAACAAGAAGUGCAUUUCUCUGGAUAAAACCUGUGAUGGAAUCAAUGACUGUGGAGACCUAAGUGAUGAACUGUGCUGUAGAGAGUGCAGAGACAACAGUUUCCACUGUCGGUCAAAUAUCUGCAUUCCAAAUAAGAACGUCUGCAACAAAGAAAUUGACUGCCUCACAGGAGAGGAUGAAGCUCAAGUUCUCUGUGCAGGCAAAGACAAAGGUGCUGAAAGUCACAGUAUGGAUGAAGAAAGAAAAAUGAUAAAGACACUUCUUCCCCAAAUACACUGCGGUCGUACAAAUCACACAUUAACUCGACGGAAAAGAAUCGUAGGUGGAGAGAUUGCAAGAAAGGGUGAAUUCCCUUGGCAAGUGGCAAUUAAAGAAACUGGCAGUGAAGGUGCAACAGUGUACUGUGGAGGGGUUUAUAUUGGUGGCUGUUGGGUUCUGACUGCUGCACACUGUGUCAGGGCAAAUCGAGUUCAUCUGUACCGUGUCUGGAUUGGACUAUUGGAUAUAAUAUUGUAUGACAAAGAGACAGAUACUUUCAGAGUAAACAAAGUGAUAAUCCAUGAAAAUUAUAAUGCGUCAACUUACGAAAAUGACAUUGCUUUGCUGGAGCUGAAAGGUUCUGGGAAAGGAGAAUGCACCCUGACAUACAGCACACCCGCCUGUAUCCCCUGGUCAGAGUAUAUGUUCAAGGCUGGUGACAAAUGCAAGGUUUCUGGAUGGGGACUAGAGAAAGGUUACACCAAACAAUUUAUCCUCAAGUGGGGCAAUGUUAAUUUAUUUCAGAAUUGUUCUAAACUAUAUCCAGGACGAUUUUUUAAACAGAUGGCAUGUGCAGGUACUUAUGAUGGCUCCAUAGACAGCUGCAAAGGUGAUUCAGGAGGACCCUUGGUCUGUUUUGAUGCAGAAAAUGUGGCGUAUGUCUGGGGUAUUGUGAGUUGGGGCGAGAACUGCGGGGAGGCUGGUCACCCUGGCGUGUAUACAAAAGUUGCCAGCUAUUAUGACUGGAUUAGCCAUCAUGUGACAAGGAAUCUCAUUUCACGGUAUAAUAUCUGAAACCUGGAAAAUUAAAUACUUCCUUCUUAUCACCACCCAUGCAAAAAUGAAUGCUAGUCCUUUUUUACAAUCAGCAACCAUAUAACUUAGCAACAAUUAGUAGAAAUCUUUAAAGAAUAUAUUUUGAAAAUUCUUAAUGCUCUAUGAAUAUCACAAUUUUGCAGAAGCCUGUAGGAAGAGAAUUUUAGUCACAUGAGUCCGCAACAAAAGUCUCUAAUAAAAGCAGGGAAAAUAAAAUAUCUUUUUGUUGUUGUUAUUUGGGUUUUUUCCACAUUUCACCUAGCAUUUCAUUUGCGGUUGUUUGUUUAUUUAAAAUGGACAACCAUACUGAAAGCAGUGGUUGGAAAAUGACUGCACUGGCAAUAUGUGAACUUCACAGAAAGGACAGCAACCAGAGUACUUUAAAAAACUUCCAUCACCCCAAGGUCACUAGAAACCCUCAGGAUUGCUUGGCAGUUGAUUCUUUAGGCUUACUGUGAAAGUAGACUUCAGACCACCUAUUAAUUGACAGAUUGAUUACGAUCAUGAGAUUUGUUGUAAUGCAACAAUUACCCAAAUAACAACUCUGCUUCAUGGUAGAUUUUUCAGCUAUAAACUCAGACUCAGACAAUUUUUAUCUAGUUAAUACGCCUCAUCUGAUCAUCUAGAUUGGGGUAAUUUUUGUAGCUCUAAGAUUUAUUAAUUUAACUGCAGCUGGUCACAAACAACAAAGGAAUUUUAAAACUUGACUCUUCACCUUAAAUAAAAAGCAUCUUUACUAUCUUAAGUUCUCUGUGUAUGUGUGUAUAUAUAUAUUUCUAGUAUCCAACAAACUCCUAACAUCAAGUAGGGGUUUACUGCAUGUGUAUAUAUAUACAUUAUAUUUAUACACACACAUAUACACAAAAUUUGUAUAAUAUAAAUAUAUUAAAAGUCUAUAUAUUAUACAUAUAGGCUUACUUCUACAAAACCAAGUUACAGAUCUAAAGUUAAAAAAUUAAUACUCUCAGUCAUAACACCACCUCACCAGAUUCUCUAAUGAGCACAAGCAUCCCACCCAACAUACAGAAGCGUGAAACAGUGACGCCAAGAAAGAACAUCCAGGGCCUGAUCCUGCAAUGUGCAGUCAGGGGGGAGUUUUGCAACUGCCUUAACUGACCCAGAACUGGACCAAGACAAGGGGCCAUCCACAAAACUGGAACGAUUAGGCAGAAAAUCCUUCUGCUUUCACUAAUCCUUGUGAGGAAGUUCUGCACACAUGAUAAUCAGGAAGCACAGCUCAAAGGACCGCUGCGUAAGCUACACAUUUUUAGACACCAGUAAUGGUGUCUGCUAUAAGAAAAUGUCAGUUUAUACAUAACAGUCUUGCACUCAGCAAGUUAUGCACAGAAGGCAUGCACAAAAUUUUUUAGAAGUACUAGAAUUUGGUUUGUGGAUGGUACCCUCGACACAAAACUGUCAAAUAGCUUCAGCACCAUCUCGAUCAGAUUUAUCAAACUGCUCAAUAGUUUUAGAACAUAUUUCACUGUAUUCUGAUUUACAAAGGUUUUUAAUAUCUGUUUUACUUCAUUCCUCUCAAUUAAUUAUCUGUUUAAUAAAUGGCAUAUGUUCACACAACA